AUGCCUCGCCAUGAUCUUGAGCGCGUACUAGCCGAUGAUCCAUAUAACGAGCGACGUAUUUUCGUCUUGUCAUGUCUGCACGAUGCAAUCUACUAUCUUCGCCAUGGACCACAUCGUCGUAACGAUGUCAUUUCCACCUUAGAAGAGGAGAUUGCUGGCGAAAUUGACAUAUCUAUCUCAAGUGCAGUUGUAGAACGUGAUCCCCAGUUUGAGCGGCUGUGCCGUAACCUUGAGCUUGUCAUACCUAUCUCAAUCAGGAUUCUCCGCAAGCAUAACGACCGGGAGACCGACCAGGACGUUGCCGAUGAUCUGAUCAGCUGCAUCCCCACCGUUUUGCAACAACCUGCUCAGUGGGACCCGGAUGUCGAAGAGAUUUCUGACGAGGAAGAGUUUGAGCGGCAAAAUAGUCGUCGCCGUCACAGAUAG